AUUUGGGAGUCUGACAACGACUUCCUAACCCGCGCCACCUGCCACUUGUCUCCUUCCCCUCAUCGACGCUUUCUCCAGGAACCAUGUCGCACGAGGAAGAUCUCAUCGACUACUCCGACGAGGAGAUCCAGAAUGUCGAGGCUCCCGCGAAUGGCGCCGCCGCGGCCGCGAAGGGUGACCUUGCCCCUGCCACCAGUGAAGGCGACAAGAAGGGUAGCUACGUCGGUAUCCACUCAACGGGUUUCCGCGACUUUCUGCUAAAGGACGAGCUUGUUCGAGCGAUUACGGACUGUGGUUUCGAACAUCCCUCCGAGGUCCAACAAGUUACCAUUCCUCAAGCCAUCCUGGGCAACGACGUUCUCUGCCAAGCGAAAUCCGGUCUCGGAAAAACUGCCGUCUUCGUCCUGGCCACGCUCCAGCAAAUGGACGAGAAGCCUGAACCUGGAGUUGCAACGAUAUUGGUCAUGUGCCACACGCGCGAGUUGGCAUAUCAGAUCAAGAACGAGUACAACCGUUUCGCCAAGUUCCUGCCCGAUGUCAAGGUGGGCGUCUUCUACGGUGGCACUCCAGUGCAAAAGGACAUUGAUCUUCUUGCGAACAAGGAGACCCACCCACACAUCAUUGUCGGAACCCCCGGUCGUAUCAACGCCCUUGUCCGCGACAAGUAUCUUCGCCUUGCGAAUCUGAAGCACUUCGUUCUCGAUGAGUGCGACAAGAUGCUCGACCAACCUGAUAUGCGCAAUGAUGUGCAGGCGAUCUUCAGGGCCACUCCGGCGCACAAGCAAGUCAUGAUGUUUUCUGCUACCCUCUCAAAGGAGACCCGUGUCAUCUGUAAGAAAUUCAUGCAGAAUCCGCUGGAGAUCUACGUGGAUGAUGAGAAGAAGUUAACGCUACACGGUCUGCAGCAGUACUACAUCAAGCUCGAUGAGCGCGAGAAGAACCGGAAGCUCAACGACCUUCUUGACCAGCUCGAGUUCAACCAGGUCAUCAUCUUCGUCCGCUCGACUCUCCGCUGCACUGAGCUUGACAAGCUGCUGAGGGAGUGCAACUUCCCCAGCACUGCUGUGCACUCUGGCAUCGGUCAGGAGGAGCGUAUCAAGCGUUACCGCGAGUUCAAGGAGUUCCAGACGCGUAUCUGUGUCUCGACGGACAUCUUCGGCCGUGGUAUCGACGUGGAGCGCAUCAACGUUGCCAUCAACUACGACAUGCCCGACAAGGCGGACUCGUACCUGCACCGUGUCGGUCGUGCUGGGCGCUUCGGUACCAAGGGCCUCAGUAUCUCGUUUGUGAGUAGCCCUGAGGAUGAGGCCGUGCUCAAGUCGAUUGAAGAGCGCUUUGACGUUGCGCUUCCUGAAUUCCCCGAGGGUGGUAUCGACUCUUCCACUUAUAUGGACAACUAGACGGAUAGGGAUCUCUGUGCGACAGAGGCUCCUUCAAAAACUGGCAGUCACAAAAAAUGUGAGCUUUGGAGUUAGUACCAGGGGGGUGGCUCGAUAUGGAAAGGCUUCUUCUUUUUUCCUCUGCGUUU